AAUUUAAUGUUUGCAAUAAUUGAUAGGCUGUGGACUUACGCUAAAUUCGACCAGGAAGGAAAUAGUGAGCCCGGUUACCCAGGUGAGUACAUUUUCGCACUGGUCUGCGUGUGGAACAUAUCUGUGCCCUCAGACAUGAUGGUUAUGAUCACAUUCGCUGACUUUGAGACCGAUUACAACUUCGAUUAUCUCCGUAUUCACGACGGCUUCGAUAGGAACAGCAGUUUUGUCACUUAUACAGGAGAUAACAUUCCUCCUCAGAUUAUAUUUGUGUCCAAUGAGAUCCAUAUAAUGUUUAAUAGCGAUCAUAAUAAGCCCAGGCGUGGCUUUAAUCUCACUUAUCAUGCUUUCAAAAAGCCAGGUCAAAGUAAAGAGAUCUACGAGGCGUUCACUGAUAGCCAAGAUGUAUCAGAAUAUUCUGCACGACCGUUGGCUUACAUAAGCAUAGCAUUAAAUGCAAUGUUAGUAAUCGUGGUCAUAAUCUUGCUCAAAGGAAAAAUAUAACAAUUUGGCCACAAAUAUAAUUGACUAUCAUUGUAAAGUAUUAAUUAACAAAUACGAUAAUCUCGAAUGCGAUGAUGAUAAUGGAGAUAAUUGCAAUAACAAUCAUCAUCCAGGUGAUAUUAAUGAAGAGCAAUCAAACC